UUGAAAAUAGAAAAAUUGUUGAUCUCUCAUUAUAAUCAAUAUUAGAAGCAGUUUGUAGUUCACUUGAUAGCUUUAUGCAGCUGAAUCUGUUUUUAAGAGUUUCAUGUUCAUUCCAUGAAAAUUAUUCAUUUCAAGCAAAAGUUAAUGAGAGAUCCACGUUAUAAAGUCAGAGGGAAUGAUAUGGUGGCAGAGUUGCUGAUUUUCUGUUACCACCGCUUUCUGUAGUACAUAGCCGUGAUUCAAGUCAUCCAAUGUACCCCUAAAUUUGAUUUCAUAUUAAUAAUUGUUGAUUCUUAUAAAAAAUGACUAAUUCUUAGAUCUAUUUUAUUUGUGGGUAGAAUAUAUUUUUCACGAUUUGAUAAUGAAUUUCCAUAGUUGAGAUAAAGUAUUCUGAUAUUUCUUCAUAACCUAGAAAUAAUUUGCAAACAGUGCGGACUUGAAUGAGGAUAGAGCUAUCUGCUUUGUCUUAUGACAGACAAGGAGAGCGAACCAAUUUAAAGUCAGGUACCGUACUGACUUUAUAACGUGAAUCUCACUAUAGUUUUGUCAACUAUCUUUAUCUUCGUCAGUUCUACUCAAUUUCCCCCGUAGCGUAAUGAGUAUUUAACUAGGCACGUUAAUAACUAAUAACUAACCAAACUGGUUGAAUACGCAGCUGAAAGCCGGUUGACGAUUCAGGUUUUGUUUCGGAGUCUGCACCUAUACUGAAAGCAAGAGAACUUUAGCAGCUCUGGUACUUUGCGUGUCGAAGCUGAGAGAAAAAACGCGCAGAUUUGGCCUUCAAACGGCGCGUGUUCUCUGGUCGGAUUCACUUCAAUCUGUCAGAAAUCCAUUUCCUCAUAACACCAAUGACUCUCAUUCAUCCAAUACUGACAGUAUGACUGACGGCAUAGUAUUCACUAUAUUCUGUCAGCACUCCUUAUCUACUUGACACCAAUUGCUCCAAUUUAACCAAUGCUGUCAAGUGAAUCUCACUAGGCUACAGUUGGCGGCAUCUUUGAGGUUAGGUUGGCAGGAGUGGGGGGGUGGAAGCGGGAUAAUCUGAAAGCAGUCAAAGACACAGUCACAGUCGUUCGGCAAGUUAUUUAGCAACAUUAUCGGUUCGAAUUGUUUCUGGCCGAAUAGCAUGGAGGUGUGUGAUGAUAUUUAGCGAUAGUUGGUGUUGUGGAUAAAUUAUUCUUGUAGGUUAUUUUGGAAGAUUUGGUGCUUUUGUGACCAUCUCAUCAUGUCGUUUGGAAAAUACUGUUGUUGGGAUUUGAAAGGAAAGAAAAGCUGCCGCCGACUGAUAUCAGCGCUCCUGGCGGAAUGCAUCGGAGUCGCCGUUGUGAUGAUAGUUGGGUGUUCUGCCGUUGCACCCAAUCACCAACUGUCACUACUCUACGCUGCCACAGCAUUCGGAUUUGCAAUGAGCAUUGCUUUGAUGGCAGUUGCUCACAUUUCGGGCGGUCAUGUGAAUCCUGCAGUAACAGUAGCUGCCUUGGUACUGGGAAAAUUGUCGCCAAUUUCAGCAGUCCUCUACGUGUUAUCGCAAUGCAUUGGUGGAUUGAUUGGGAUGCAGGCUGUACUGUUCAUGCAGCCAGAUAGCCUGAGCGGCGAGUUCUGUGUGACGCAACUGGCCCCCGGUGUGGAUCCUUUGAAAGGCGUAGCAGUUGAAGCCAUCUUCACCAGCAUCCUGGCCCUGCUUGCCUGUAGCUCUUUCGAUCACCGCAACUCCAACAAGCUCGACUCGUCUCCCAUCAGAUUCGGAAUUGCUAUCAUUGCGCUCACAAUUGCUGGGCGUAAAUUAACAGGAUGCAGCAUGAACCCAGCUCGAAGUUUAGCUCCUGCUUUGUUAUUUGGAAACUUCAAUAACCUCUGGGUAUACUGGGCAGGACCGAUGGGUGGUGGCCUCCUGAUGAGUUUGUUCUAUAGGCUGGUUCUCUAUGAGAACACGCCACCUGAAUUCCACGAGGAUUCUUUAGAACACGAACCGUUAACCAACAUGAAAAGCAUAUUCCUACAAACAAGAAGAGACUCUCAUGAUAUUUAUGCGAAAACUGGAGAAUGAAUGGAUAUUUGCGAUACUUUGAAUGAUAUUCUAUCAUAAUUGCAUAGAUCUUGGUGGCUCUUUCUCUCUCUCAAAUCAUAUCAAAUGAUAUGUUCAGUUUAAAAUCCUGAACUAAACUGAUAUCAGUUGAAAGUAUUGAAAACACUGAACAACAAUACAAUUUCAUUCCGUAUCUAUUCUUUGGGUCUGAUUUGAAAUAGAGAGAUGCAUCUUUUCUAUAAUUUAAUGCUUGAAAAACUUCAACUGGGACAUAUUUCACUGAAAGAUUUCUGUUCAAGACAUUUUCACUUUGAAGAGUUCUAUGUUUGAGCUUUAAUCAGCUAUGAUAUUGAGAGCUUAUCAGCAGUGGAAGUGUUAAUAUCAUUCAAUAUUCAGAUUUGGUUUGUAAUAUUUUUUUUAAUUGUGAAAUAAUCUCAAUUUCUCAUUCCUUACAACUUAUACUUUUUGUUGAAAAUAUAAUUGGAGCUUCUCUAUUCACUCUUACUAUUCGAUCUAGUCAUCUCAAUUAUUAUUAUUUCUCUCUUGAUUAUCUCUUUUGAAAUUCAUUGGUAAAGUACUUGAAUAUUAAAUGUUCUAUAUUUUUUAUUCUUGGCUGAUUGUAAUUCAAUUGAUGGCCCAACAAAUAUCAGUCAUGAAAACUAAAAUAAUUAUUGAAAAUGAGAACUUCAAUUUUCGUCACAAUUUUUUUUAUUGAUUGGAAAACUCUCAUAUUAAUGACCAUGGAGUAUGCCAUCUAUCAUCAACUCUGAAAUGUGAUUCGUAGGAUUAUAUCAAUCUCUGUCAUUAUAUUGAGUAACUGUUGAAAAGAAGUACUAAUUUCAAUCUGUAUGGCAAAUAUCGUAAAUUCUAUGCUCUUGAUGAAUCGAAAGAAUAUAUUUCACAGUAAUUGGCAAUGAUGAAGGUGCCUUAUUUGUACAGUAAUAAGAAUCAAGAGACACUUUAGAAAACACUGUUUGAUUACUAUAGUAACAGUUGAAUUUUCAUUGCUAUUGUUUUAUAAUAAUAUCGAUGAAUGCAGUAAAAUUUAUUUUCAAAAUCCACGUGUUUAUUUCCUAAGAGUUUGAACCAGAUAUAUUUUAUUUGCAGUGCUGCCAAUAAGUGUUAUUAUAUUCAUAACUGUUAUCAAUAUUCUGUCAUUAAUUAUAUUGAUGACAGAAAUUAAAUGCAUUCUUGUAGACAUGAUCCGUUUGUAAUCAUAAUGCUUGUUACUAUUCACACUUCAGUGACAAAUACCCAAUUACUCAUUUGCUGACUCGAGUUUGAAAACUAGUACAAUCCUAUCGAAUAAACAUUCAAACUAUUCAAAAUCCGUCUUUUUUCAUUAGAGCUACUUUUAAAUACAAAUAAAAAUAUAAAUCUGAAUACCCUUUUUAUAAUUAUUUAAUCACAUGUUUUGGCUAUAUAAUGCCUUUAUCAAGUCAUGAUAAUUGAUAUUAUAUUUAUAUUUUUAUUUAAAUUCAAAAUCUGUACAAUCAUACGUGGGCGUACAUGGCGCCAGUUAGUUGAGCGA